AGGGAAAACCAACAUCAGCCUACGGAUCGGAAGUCGUCAUGUAUGAUGUAAAUCAGUUUAAGUAGUCUACGAAGAGCUGCUGAAAGCUCAUAAGCUACGCAGCGCAGUCGCCGUUUACUUCGGCGUGGUUCUCGAUACUUUGCACAGUUUAUCUCGCUCGCCUUUCCAUUGUAAAUUACAUUAUACCAGUGAGAAAAGGAAUAGAAGAAGUUUCGACGAUGACACUCGGAAAAAGUAUUAUAGUACUUCUGGAAUUCUUCAUCGUCUUACCGAUUCUCGAAGCUCGCGUUUAUCAUGGCUACAAUUCCUAUAAACAAUAUUACAAUUAUCGCAUUAAUGGCGAACAAUUAAAACAUCCAACGCUUACUUCCGAUGAAAUAAUCAAUGAAAUUACUAAUGAAAUUAUCAACAAACAGUAUAAACAGUAUGAAAACAGUAAUGAUAUGAAAGAACAAAUCAAAUCACGUUUUGAAGAUACCAGUAAGAAAACGGACUUGAAGAGUGAUUUUAUAUUCCCGGACGAAUUUCAAGCGAGAAAUAGUGACGAUAAUUACGUACAGGUCGCAAGAUGUAACGACAAGAAACAAACCUUCUGCGAAGACGUCCCGUAUUAUCCUAUAGACUUUGUGAACCAGGCGAUCAUUAGGAAUUCGAGUCUGCUACAUUACGCGCACGAAGAUAUUGUAAACAUCGCACAACGAGCAGACAUCGACGAGAUACAACUUUGCCCAUCCCAGGAACGAAAAAUUUAUCCAAAAUCGGCCGAAAACCUGAACAAACAGUGGCGGUAUAUCCUUCAGUCAAACGAAACGAAUUUCCGUCAAGGUAUACGGGUCGAGACUUGCGAUGAGCAGGAUUCUACGUGCAAGAUGAUCGACGGUAUGAUCUCAGGAUACGUUACGACGUGCAAGCAGAAAUAUAUUUAUCGCGAACUGUCUGCCAUUUCCGAAGAUGGCAGAAUCAUUCGCGAUUUCUUCCGACUGCCUGCGAGCUGUUGCUGUCACAUUGAAUUCCAGCCUGAAAAUAUCGGGAAGAGAAUAUCAGCCUUUGAAGAAACCUUGCAGUAUCGUCCUCAAGUUUUGCAGAAAAUAUACGUGUAAUAAUAUUUAAAAAAUAUUUUUUUUAGAAUAUAAAUAUUUUUAAGCAAAUACGAUUUGUGUAGGAAUAAUUAGUUGGCAACCAGGUUUUUUCGGAAUACGAGGUCGUAGAAGAUAUUGUUUUGCUUACAUAUUAAGUGCUUUGCAGAACGUUGUAUGACGAGUAAGAUAUUUUGAGGAUCUGAAAAAAUAAAAAAUAAAAUAAAAAAUAAAAUAAUGUACAAAAAUUAAAA